ACUGAUUGUUGAUCCUCAAGUUUCGAGUUUUCCCUAAUUAUUUUCACUGUUUCCUCUAAAUUCCUCUCGUCUCUGUCUGUCCCCAGAUUCGCAGUUUUUCUUUUCUGAUUUUGGUUUUAUUUUUGUGAGUUUAGGUCGUUUGGUUCCUGUAUGUAUUGAGUUCUGAAGUUUUAAGUGUUUGGUUUGAGUUGCUUGAUGGAGAAGUUAACUGAUUCAGAACGCAUUGAGUUGAACAAAUCCAAUCUGCGACGAACUAUUGACGAGAUUCAAGACCAGGCUUCUUCCGUUCUUUUACUUAAUCUUCAAUGGAAAGAUGUGGAGAAAGUUUUGGAUUCCGCUCAGAGCUCUGUCGAAGAACGACGCAAGGAAGUGAUUUCAAAAGAACAUGAGAUGAACGAACGUGCUAACAGGUUCGAAAAGGAGAUUGAAAGGAAAGAGAAAUUGGUUAAAGACCAGUUUGAAACGCUUAAGGUUAAAGAGGAGGAAUUAGGGAGGCAAUUUAGGGAUUUGGAGUUGGGAAACAAGUUUUACGAAGAAAGGUUAAGAGAAGUUGAGUUAAAGCAAAAGCAACUUGAAGAGCUUAAACUGAAAGAGGAGGAGUUUGUGUCGAAGGAGAAGGCUUUUGAGAAGCGUUGUAGAGAGUUCGAGUUAGAGAAGAAAGAACUUGAACGGCGUCGUAAAGAUCUCGAAUUUAGUGUAAAACAUUGUAAAGAAGUUAAAUUGAUGGAGAAAUCAGUAAAAGAUAAGUUGCGGGAAGUUGGGGUGAAAGAGAAAUAUUUGGAGAAGUGCAUGAGUGAGUAUGAGUUGAAAGAAAAGCAAUUUGGGUUGAAAAAGAAGAGAUUUGGGGAGCAUUGUGUGCAGUUUGAGAUGGAAGAAAGGGCUUUCAAGGAACGUCGUAGAGAUCUUGAAGUUAAUAUAAAACAAUACGAGCAGUUAUAUAAGAGGCUUGGAGUGACAGAGAAGUGGGUGCAAAAGCAGUUGGGAGUUAUUGAAAGGAAAGAAGAGGAAUUUGGGCUGAGAGAGAGGGAUCUCAGGCAGCGACGUAGGGACUUGAGUUUUCACAGAAUUGAGCUUAAGGAGAAAGAAGAGCAAUUUAGAUUGAAAAUGAAUCAUUUUGAGCAGCGUUCUAGAGAUUUUGCAAAGAAGGAGACUUCUCUUGAAAAGGGUUCUCAAGAUCUUGAAGCAAAACAGAAACAUAAUGAAGAGUGCUUGAGAAAAAUAAAAUUGAAAGAGAAGCAAAAAGAAGAAUCAUCCGGGGAACUGGCGAGAAAAUAUAAAUUACAAUUCGAAGAUCUUGAAUAUAAAGUUAAGCAGCAUGACCAGAGGUUCAUGGAGCUGAAGCUUAAGGAGAAGUUGGUUAAUGAUCAGUUUGAACAGAUUAAGGACAAAGAGCAACAGCUUCGUUCGAAAGAGAAGCAUUUUGAGCAGUGUUUAAAAGAAUUUGAGUUAAAAGAAACAUGUCUUGAGCUGCGACAUCAGGAAAUUGAAGCAAAAGAGAAGCACUAUGAUGAAUGUUUGAGAAAAGUUGAACUAAGAGAGAAGGAGAUUGAAGAAAUAUCUGCAGAACAUAAGAGAAAGCAUGAACAACAGUCCCGUGAUCUUGAGUUCAAUGUUAAAAAGCGUGAGGAGCGAUUCAAAGAUCUUGAAGCAAGGGAGAAGAAACUUGCAGAAUGGUCUAAAGAACUUGAAAGGAAUAGUCUUGCUUCCGCCCUGCAUCCUCAAGUGAAAGUAAAUGAAGCAGCAGGUAGUUUGUUGGCUAAAUGUUCCGUAGAUCAUUCUUCACCUGCACAUCUUCGGUUUUGCGUUAGUAUGGAUGGAAAGGAUUUGCAGAUGUUCCUAAAUGGGCGCUGGAAAGAGCAUGGUUUGAUAGGUAAUGAAGUUGCUAUGGCUCUUAAACUUUCAGGAGACCCUGCAAAGCUUGUCUUGGAUGCAAUGGAAGGGUUUUACCCUCCACACUUGAGUAAGGGAGACAUAGAUUUUGAAGGGGAUGUUGCUAGAAGAAGUUGCAUUCUCUUGUUAGAGCAAUUGAUGAAACUUUCACCUGAAAUUAAGCCUAACGUUAGAAAAGAAGCUGUGAAGCUUGCAUUUGAUUGGAUAACAAAAAUGAAAGUUGAAUCUGGCCAUGAAUUGGAGGUUUUGGGUUUUCUGUGGCUUUUAGCCUCUUUCCAAUUGGGAGAUGCUUUUGAUGCUGAUGAGCUUGUUAACUUUUUGGUAUUUGUUGCUCAACAUAUUCAAACUCCUGAAUUGUUCAAGGUUCUUGGUUUGGGAGAUAAGAUCACUGGAGUUGCAACUUGGAUGGCUUAUUUGUCAGGUUUCAUAAGAACGCUUGUCGAAAAGAAGCAGCAUAUGGAGGCAAUUAGAUUUAUUUAUGCUUUUGAACAGGUUAAUGAGUUCCCACCGGUACCUGUGUUGAAAGAUUUCAUCAAUCAUUCUAAGAUUGAAGCUAAAAGAAUUUUUAGGAAGGGGAAAAAAACCCCUGAAGCACGGGUUUGUCUCUACCUUCCUCUCUUUUUCUUUAAAUGCCUUCUAAGUCAUUUAACAUUUAGCCAUCUAAUCAACAGGAUGAGGCAAACACCAAAAGAAUAGCUGAUGCCAGAGCUGUUGUCCAAUGCAUUGAAGAUCAUAAGCUUG